AUGCUUCCUCUACUUUCUAAAUAGUUCUAUAAUCAAUAUAAAAGUUCAUAUCAAAACUAAUAAGAUUGGAUUGAUUCAUCUUUAGACAGUUUUAUCUCCAGACUAAAGAAUUUAUCUACUAAUCUAAAGAAACCAACUAUAAGAGUUGAAAAGUCUUAUUAUUAUUAAGAUAUAAAUAUAAAGGAUUUAAUAGGAAUUCAUAAAAAGGAACAAAAAGAUUUUACAGUUAAUAAACAUAAAAAGAAAUCUGUAAUUAAAUUCCUGCAUAAACAGUAUAAUAUUAUUUAAAACUAGAAAAGUCAAAUAUUACAAAAUUAAAUUAAUAAGUUAUCUGAUCUUUUGAGUAUCAUACUCAAUAAUGUAAAAGAAUAUAAGCUCAUAUUAAAAAUAAUAUUAAUGCGCUGUAUAACAUUUGAAGAUCAAAUUCAAUAACAGUAAAAUUAAAUUCAUUCAUCUAAAAUAAUACAAUGGUAUUAUUAAAAUGUUAUGGCAAAGGAAAUAUCGGAUUUUUAAACUGCGAUCAUCCGAUAAGUUAUUAUAUUUUAUAAAUUAUCAGAUAAUUAAUUUUUAUACAUGAUCUGCUACAAAAGGAAAUUCUUUUCAAUCGAAAAGGAUCCAAUUUUCAAAUGUAAUUUUAAACGUAUUAUCAAGGAUUAACACUCACUAGUAAUAUAGCUUUAUUCGUUUGAACCGAAAAUCAAUUGGAUUAAAAAUGAUAAUUCUGACUUAAUCUCAUUUGAAUUGUGCCAGAACAAAAAUAAGUAGAACUUCAAAUUUGCUCCGCAUAUUGGAAAACUAUUAAAAGAGUUUAUGAAUGGGAAGGUCUGCUUUUAAGGAAUAAAUAAUCACUAUAAAAUUGCCUAAUAUAUCUAGAAAAGAAAUUAUGGUUCUAUAGUUCGAAUGAGAAAUAUUUUCAACGAGGAAUUAGUCACAUGCAAAAUUCUUAAAUAGGGAACAGCGGAAUAAGAACUGGUAUUUCGAAAUGAAGUAAUUGCCCUAUAGUUUUUAAAUCAUAAAAAUAUUCCCAAGUUAAAAGAAUAUUAUAUUGAAUCACACCAUAACUAUAUAAUAUACGAGUUUAUAGAAGGAGCUUCUUUGGAUAAUUUCAUCAAGAAAAAUAUACUUAAUAAGGAUCAAAUUUAUAAAAUAAUGAAGGAUUUAUUGGCAAUAGUAAAAUAUUUACAUAAAGAAGGAUUCAGUCAUUAAAACAUCAAAUUAGAGAACGUUUUUUAUUGUUCAAUCUAGGAUCAUAUAACUUUAAUUGAUUUCGGAUAAUCAAAAAUAAAGAAUAUAAUACAUUUAAAACAUGUUUCAUCAAUAUACACUGAAAUUACUUAAGAUUAGACAAAUGCCAAUACAGAUAGUAACAGGGAGUCUUCCAUGGAAUAAGAUUAUAAAGAUUGUGGAAUUGUGUUUUUGUAAUUGUAAGCAAUUCUAAAUAAAUUUAAGAAUAACUCGAAAAAUAUUGAACAGUUAAGAAUUGCUAAAACUGAAAGAAAAUGGAAUAAUUCGUUAGAUUGUUACUGA